GGGGGUGUGUGUGUUAAACGCUGUGCAGUGGAGUAAUGCCGUACACACACACACACACGCACGCACGCACGCACGCUCACACACACGCACGCGCGCACACUCGCACACAUCCACUGUACCGUGCGCUCUUGCCUCGUGCUGCUCUAACACAAGACCAUCAGUGAAGUGAAACUGGAGACAGCGCGUGAGACAGCGCGUGUGUCUUCUGGAGAUCCGCAAGCAACUACCGAGCAGUAGCAUGAAAUACAUCACACCUCCUGCACAGACGGAAUGUGCCAUGGAGCUGGCAGACAUCUGUAAAUGACCAGCUUUAUGAGCAGGACCGAGCGGCUGCAUCUCACAUCCCAGAAACCGGCGAGUGACAGAAGAGACCACAGCUGGGGGAAAAGCGCAGAACCUUCCGUCCUUCCUGCGUCCUGUUAUUGAAGCGGCAGAUGUUAUUGAUCUUUUCGAGGAAUUGCCAGGAAAUAGUUCAUUCAGAUUGAUUAUUCGGUGACGGUCCGAACAGCCGGAUGUGGAUUUAUUCCCAGACCCAGGAACACAGCGCACAUUCUCAGUGUUUUCUAUAUAUAAGAAACAUGUGAAGACAGUGGAAUAGAAGAACCAUACAGUUUAACCAUUAGGACUCGGAAAGAAAGGUUGUGACUUGUAAUACCCUGAACGAUUUCUAGUAUUGUUUCCUCCUUGCCAUCCGUAGGGAUCAUGGAGGGCCAGCAAGAUUCACAAAGGACUUUACAAGUAAACUCUUCUAGUUCUUUAACACUGCCCUUGUGUGUAUGGCUGCUGGUGCUAACCCUUGCUACAACAUGCAGUGGACAGACAUUUACCACAUUUCACCCUGAGAAGCGAGAAUGGUCUUUCAAUCAUAUGACGGUCCAUCAGACAACAGGGGCACUUUAUAUUGGUGCUGUUAAUCGUGUCUACAAGCUCUCUGGCAACCUCACUCUCCUGGUCUCCCAUGACACUGGCCCAGAAGAUGACAACAAGGCCUGCUACCCACCUCUCAUAGUCCAACCAUGUUCUGAACCACUGGUCUCUACCAACAAUGUCAACAAGCUUCUCCUUAUUGAUUACUCUCAGAACAGGCUGCUGGCCUGUGGGAGUCUCUAUCAGGGUGUAUGCAAGCUACUUCGACUGGAUGAUCUCUUCAUACUGGUAGAACCCUCACACAAGAAAGAGCACUAUCUCUCUAGUGUCAAUCAGACAGGCACUAUGUAUGGAGUUAUUGUGCCUUCCCAGGGCAAAGAUGGCACACUUUUCAUUGGCACUGCAGUAGAUGGGAAGCAAGACUACUUUCCAACUAUCUCAAGCCGCAAACUUCCUCGUGACCCAGAGUCCUCAGCCAUGCUUGACUACGAACUGCACACUGAUUUUGUCUCAUCAUUAAUCAAGAUUCCUUCAGACACCCUAGCACUGGUCUCCCACUUUGACAUAUACUACAUCUAUGGAUUUGCCAGUGGCAAUUUUGUGUACUUUUUGACCGUACAACCAGAAACCCCAGAAAAUGGCAUGGCCUCCAGUGGUUCCUCAAAUGAUCUCUUCUAUAUUUCACGCAUUGUCCGGCUCUGCAAAGACGACCACAAAUUCCACUCCUAUGUGUCACUGCCCAUUGGCUGUGUGCGCAAUGGCAUAGAGUACCGGCUGCUGCAGGCAGCCUACCUUGCCAAACCAGGAAGAGUGCUUGCCACCUCACUCAAUAUCAGUGUCACCGAUGAUGUGCUCUUUGCCAUCUUUUCUAAAGGCCAGAAGCAGUACCACCGUCCCCCUGACGAUUCAGCCCUCUGCGUUUUCACCAUCAAGGACAUCAAUGCCCGCAUCAAGGAGCGCCUGCAGUCCUGCUACCAAGGAGAAGGCAACCUGGAGUUGAGUUGGCUGCUGGGAAAAGAUGUUCAGUGCACCAAGGCGCCAGUGCCCAUUGAUGACUCCUUCUGUGGUCUGGACAUUAAUCAACCCCUGGGUGGCUCUCAGCUGGUGACUGGAUACACACUCUACACAGAAAGCAGAGACCGCAUGACCUCAGUGAACUCCUAUGUGUACAAUGGCUACUGCGUGGCUUUUGUUGGCACAAAGAGUGGACGUCUGAAAAAGAUCCGUGUGGAUGGACCUCCUUAUGGCAGUGUGCAGUACGAGACAGUGUCUGUCAAUAAGGACAGGAUCCCCAUUCUCAGAGACAUGGCCUUCUCGCUGGACUAUAACUAUAUCUAUGUCAUGUCUGAGAGACAGGUGACGCAGGUGCCCAUCGAGUCAUGCGAGCAGUACGGGACGUGUCACGAGUGUUUGAGCUCUGGAGACCCGCAUUGCGGCUGGUGUGUGCUGCACAACAUGUGUUCUCAGAGGGAUCGGUGCGAACGAGCCAACGAGCCCUACCGAUUUGCGGCCACGCUGAACCAGUGCAUAAAGGCCACGGUGUAUCCUGACAGCAUUGCAGUUUCCGAACCCAGUGUACCGCUGCUGGUGAAGGUGACUGAUGUUCCCGAUCUCUCUGCGGGAAUCACCUGUGCCUUUGGGAAUCUGACUGAAGUAGAGGGAACAGUGAAUGGGAAUCAGAUCCUGUGCAUCUCUCCUGCUGCUAAAGACGUCCCUGUAAUCCCUACUGAUCAAGACUGGUCUGGGGUGGAGCUCAGGCUGAACUCGAAGGAGACGGGUCAAAUGCUGAUCAGUACUGAGGUUAAAUUCUACAACUGCAGUGUACACCAGCUGUGUUUGUCUUGUGUAACCAGUUCCUUCCGGUGCCACUGGUGCAAGUACCGAAACCUGUGUACACAUGACCCAUCUAGCUGCUCUUUCCAGGAGGGACGGGUCAAUGCCUCAGAGGACUGUCCUCAGCUGGUGCGCUCUGAGGAGAUUCUGAUCCCAGCUGGAGAAGUGAAGCCUAUCACGCUGAAGGCCCGGAACCUUCCACAGCCUCAGUCAGGUCAGCGUGGCUAUGAGUGUGUGCUGCACAUCCAGGGGGUCAGCCACCGAGUCACAGCGCUGCGCUUCAACAGCUCCAGUGUACAGUGCCAGAACAGCUCGUAUCUAUAUGAGGGUAUGAGGAUUAGUGAGCUGCCGGUGGAUUUCUCUGUGGUGUGGAACGGCAACUUCAUCAUCGAUAAUCCUGAGAACAUUCGAGUGCAUCUGUACAAGUGUGGCGCUCAGAGAGACAGCUGUGGCAUGUGCCUGAAGGCGGAGAGGAAGUUCCAAUGUGGCUGGUGCAGUAUGGAGGGCCGCUGCACCCUACAGCACCACUGUCCCAUGAUCAACCCUUACACCAACCGCUGGCUAAAUCUAGCCACGACUAACGUCAAGUGCACCAACCCUCGCAUCACUGAGGUGACCCCAGUAGCUGGGCCUCCAGAAGGGGGCACCAGGGUGACUAUCCGUGGGGUGAAUCUGGGUCUGUCUUUCCCUGAAAUGGAAGAUAACGUACAGGUGGCAGGAGUUCGGUGUACUCCAAAGGAGGACGGCUACAUCAUUGCAGAACAGAUCGUGUGUGAGAUGGAUGCAGCUCCGGAAGACACCAGGGCUGGUCCUGUGCAGCUAUGCGUAGGAGAGUGUAAGCCUGAGCUGCAGGCUCGCUCUUCCCAGCUCUAUUCCUUUGUGACACCAUCUGUAACUGGACUAUCACCCAGUCGAGGUCCAGAAUCGGGGGGCACUAAGGUGACCAUCAUUGGAGUGAAUCUUGGUGCAGGUAGCAGAGUCCGCGUUGUGUUCGGCAACCAGACCUGCGAGUACUACGAACGGACUAUGACGGAGAUUGUGUGCUACUCUGCUCCGUCGUUGACGGGGGUGGGUCCAGUGCAGAUCAAUGUAAGUGUGGACCAUGCCCAGGUGAAAGAGAAACUCACCUUUGAGUACAUCGAUGAUCCCACUGUACACCGCGUCGAGCCUGAAUGGAGCAUUGCAAGUGGACACACUCCCCUUGUAGUGACCGGAACCAAUUUGGAUGUGGUCCAGGAACCCCGAAUACGGGUCAAGUACGGCGGACACGAAUCAGUAAAUGUGUGUAAGGUCCAGAAUAGCACCACUAUGAGCUGUUUUGCACCAUCUCUGGCGGCGGACUCUGGGCUGGACUCAGUAAAGCACGCAGACGAAUUUGGCUUCAUUUUUAAUAACGUGCAGGCCCUUUUGGUUUACAACAACACUAACUUCCUGUAUUACCCAAACCCUUACUUCGAGCCUCUCAAUACCAAUGGAGUCCUGGAGCAGAAACCAGGCUCUCCUAUUAUUCUGAAGGGGAAGAACUUGGUUCCUCCAGGCUCAGGCGGAGUGAAGCUGAACUACACUGUGCUCCUGGGAGAGACGCCCUGCUCCGUCACGGUCUCCGACACUCAGCUGCUGUGUGAGCCGCCCAACCUCACUGGCCAGUACAAAGUCAUGGUGCAGGUAGGCGGUCUUCACGUCUCUCCUGGAUCUGUGAACAUCCUAUCAGACAGUCUCUUGACUCUCCCUGCCAUCGUAAGCAUAGCAGCUGGCGGAGGUCUUCUCCUGAUCAUCGUCAUCCUCGUCCUCAUUGCCUACAAGCGUAAGUCGCGUGAGAACGACCUAACGCUCAAGCGGCUGCAGAUGCAGAUGGACAACCUGGAGUCCAGGGUGGCACUCGAGUGCAAAGAAGCUUUCGCGGAGUUGCAAACAGACAUUAACGAGUUGACCAGCGAUCUCGACAGAGCUGGAAUCCCUCACCUGGACUACCGCACUUACGCCAUGAGAGUGCUGUUCCCUGGCAUCGAAGACCACCCAGUUCUCCGAGAGCUCGAGGUCUCGGGUAACGGACAGCAGACGGUGGAAAAGGCUCUGAAGCUGUUUGCACAGCUGAUCAACAACAAAGUGUUUCUGUUGACGUUUAUUCGUACGCUUGAGCUGCAGCGCUCGUUCUCGAUGCGAGACCGCGGCAAUGUGGCUUCGCUCAUCAUGACGGCGCUGCAGGGAAGACUGGAGUACGCAACAGAUGUUCUCAAACACCUUCUCUCUGACCUCAUCGACAAGAACCUGGAGAGUAAGAACCACCCCAAGCUGCUGUUGCGCAGGACUGAGUCUGUAGCUGAGAAGAUGCUCACCAACUGGUUCGCUUUCCUCCUUCACAAGUUCCUCAAGGAGUGUGCUGGAGAGCCUUUGUUUAUGCUUUAUUGUGCUAUUAAGCAGCAGAUGGAGAAAGGGCCUAUAGAUGCCAUCACUGGGGAAGCUCGCUACUCACUCAGUGAAGACAAGCUCAUCCGACAGCAAAUAGAGUACAAAACAUUGAUAUUGAACUGUGUGAAUCCAGAUAACGAGAACAGUCCGGAGAUUGCAGUGAAGGUGCUGAACUGUGAUACCAUUACGCAGGUGAAGGAAAAGAUACUGGAUGCCAUCUAUAAGAAUAUGCCGUACUCUCAGAGACCCAGAGCUGUAGACAUGGACCUGGAGUGGCGUCAAGGCCGGCUGGCACGAGUGGUCUUGCAGGAUGAAGAUAUCACCACCAAGAUUGAGAAUGACUGGAAGAGGCUCAACACUCUCAUGCACUAUCAGGUGUCAGACCGCUCUGUAGUGGCGCUGGUUCCGAAGCAGACCUCCUCCUACAACAUUCCUCCCACAGCCAGCAUUUCCCGCACAUCCAUCAGCCGAUACGAUUCGUCAUUUCGCUACACAGGAAGUCCAGACAGCCUUCGCUCCCGGGCUCCUAUGAUCACUCCAGACCUGGAGAGCGGAGUUAAAGUGUGGCACUUGGUCAAGAACCAUGAACACGGAGACCAGAAGGAGGGCGACCGUGGCAGCAAGAUGGUGUCUGAGAUCUACCUCACCCGCCUGCUAGCUACUAAGGGUACACUGCAGAAGUUUGUGGACGAUCUGUUUGAGACUCUGUUCAGCACAGUUCAUAGAGGCAGCGCCUUGCCUUUAGCAAUCAAAUACAUGUUCGACUUCCUGGACGAGCAGGCCGACAAGCAUGGCAUCCAUGACAUGGAUGUUCGCCACACUUGGAAAAGUAACUGCCUUCCACUGCGAUUCUGGGUGAACGUGAUUAAGAACCCUCAGUUUGUAUUUGACAUUCACAAGAGCAGCAUCACAGACGCGUGUUUAUCCGUGGUGGCCCAGACGUUCAUGGACUCAUGCUCCACUUCAGAACACAGGCUGGGGAAAGACUCUCCCUCCAACAAGCUGCUCUAUGCUAAAGAUAUCCCCAACUACAAGAACUGGGUGGAAAGAUACUACGCUGAUAUAAGCAGACUGCCAGCGAUCAGCGACCAGGACAUGAACGCAUACUUGGCUGAGCAGGCACGGCUCCACUCCCAUGAGUUUAACAUGCUGAGUGCUCUGAAUGAGAUCUACUCUUACGUCAGCAAGUACAGCGAAGAGAUCACUGCCGCAUUGGAGCAGGAUGAGCAGGCUAGGAAGCAGAGGCUGGCGUACAAGGUGGACCAACUGAUUGCUGCUAUGUCCCUGGAGAGCUGAGACACACACAUGGAUUGAGCAAUGGAACACAAAUUCUCUGCCAUGAAUCCUUUAUCCAAAGCCUGGUCCUGCAACUCAAAUGGAAACGGGAUACAGCUGACUUUCUGAUAUCUUCUUAUAGUAUUUCUUUGAAAAGGGUCGAAAUGGUUACCUCCGCAAGUCAGUCUGCACGUCCAUCUACUUUUGCCUUCCAAUGUAUAAGAGGAGUCAACUCAAGAUCUCAAAUUGUUUAAAACUAUAUGCUGGGCCCAGCAUCAUGCAUGUUUGUUUUUGUAUUUAUUUAGUCUUUGUUGGUUUUAUACCCACGACUGGCAGAUGUGACAGGACUACAGCUACAAUACCUCUUUGUAAUUGUUUUUUUCUUUCUUUCUUUCUUUCUUUCUUUCUGGUGGCAUGUCAGAAGAACAGAAGAGAGAGCAUUGGAUAUUUAAUGCCUCAAUUUAAAUCCAGCGGAUGGGUUUUACUUCCAAAUUUUAUUUUUAUACGAUUAUUGUUUUUAUUUAAUUUAUUCUGUUGCGAUUGUGCCUCCAAAUCGUUAAAGGCAUAGUGACAUUAGUAGUCCUCUUCGUCAAAUAACGUGAUCAUGACACUUCUAUAUCCGUCUUUUUUCAAUCGGAGGCCGCAGCCCUAAGUGUUCGUGUACGCCCAUCAUACAAAGAACGUGGACUUUACGGAACUCUCUAGGAUUCGUGAGCAACCAGCUGUAUUUUCAGAACGCUUAUCAGACUGUUGGUGUUUAAGGGGUCAAAGUUUGACCAGCAUGUUGUUUUUUUUUCAUCCACGCAGCCCUCAUGUUUUCCAAGACUGCACUUCACCCAUGGAAAAUUCUACGAGACUGGCUUAAUAGAAUCCUCCUGCAAUCUCUCUACGUCUCUACGUCCUGUUUUCUACAUGUAAGCCUUUGUGAAUGUACAAAUGUUCCUCUAUCUUGUCUGUUCGUUUGUUCUUUAAAAAAAAAAAAAAAAAAAAAAAGAGAAGAGGUCAGUUGAGCUGAUCUCUAUGGCAAAAUGGCCAAAAGGGCAUCUUUUUAUGCUGCGUUGACUUCUUCAUUCUUGAUUACAUUGCCAGAAUAUGCUGUACCACUGAUUUCAAUCUGGAUCAAUUAGUUACAUGAUUUUCAAUGAGACAGCAGCAAUGAGAGCCCUUUAGGUCAGCUUGUAGGUGGAGGAACAUUCCUUAGAAGGAGAGCACUGACCUGAGGUCACCUCACCUCAGUACCAGGCAGUAUUACUUAUUACCUAUGGUCCAAUGUGUGUGUAUUUUGCAUGCAUUAUAGAGUACCUCAUAAAGGAAGAAUAAUGUCUUUGUUCCCAUAUGUUCAUAUUUUCAAGUGCCAAGGGUUUUACUUGAGUUGUGCAUGUGGCUGGCUCAGAGGCAAACUGAGGAUAGAGUGUCCCAUCCUGUUAACCUUACAUUUGCAUAGCACUAAACUGACUGUGACGUUGUAUCAUGUUUAAGUGCCAAAAGGUCAGUCUUGAUUAUCAAUGUCAGAAACGGUUAUUGCUUUAUUAAGGGGCGGCAAACCCUUCAAAA